UAUAUAAAAGCCUCGAAACGUCAGAGUUCAAGUUUAUUCAAAAGUUUGAAUUGGAUAUGAAUGAUGGGUUUCUAUUCUACAAUCCGAAACGAGCUCCAGACAGACAAGGGUUCGACGUUCUGAACUACUGUGGCAUAGACAAUUGGGUGUCAUAAAGCAGUGGCUGAGUAAUGGAGGGAAGUGAAAUAAUUGAGGCUCAAAAAGUACUUGGGUUGCCUCCACCACUGUCUUUAACUGUUGGGAUGGCUAUCAAUGGAAAAACCAAAAGCAAACAUGUUGUGAAAUGGGCAUUGGAAAAGUUCAUUCAAGAGGAAAAGGUUUUGUUCAAGUUGUUGCAUGUUUGCCCCAAGAUUACUAGUGUCCCUACGCCAAUGGGAAAUUCGAUUCCUAUAUCACAAGUACGAGAGGAUGUAGCAGCAGCUUAUAAGAAGGAAAAGGAGUGGCAGGCAAAUCAAAUGCUUCUUCCUUAUAAAAACAUGUGUACUCAGAGAAAGGUGCAAGUAGAUGUUAUCGUGAUUGAAUCAGAUGAUGUGGCUAAUGCAAUAGCAGAGGAAGUUGCUAAGUGCACUAUCAAGAAGCUUGUUAUUGGAGCUUCUUCUUGUGGCAUGUUUACAAGGAAACUCAAAGGAAAUGAUCUGUCCUCUAGAAUCUCCACAUGCACCCCAAAUUUUUGUACAGUCUAUGCUGUUUCAAAAGGAAAAUUGUCAUCCAUCCGGCCAUCAGAUUUGGAGACAAAUGGAAGCAUUAGAGAUGACAGCAGUGUUACAAGUUCUACUAAUAGCUCAUCAAGUCACACUUUGAGCUUACAAACAGAUGCUGUUUCAAUUGCAUCAUAUUCUCAAUUCCAUUCUCCUUCCCUGCCAAUGCAGCGAUUUCAAGCUCUUUCAACUAUAAACCAGGGUCUUCUUGACACAAGAACAAAUUCCAUUGAGACCAAUCAUUCGAGAUGCCAGUCUCUGGACGUUGAAGUUCAAGCCAUUUCAACUAUAAACCAGGGCCUUCUCCAUACAAGAACAAAUUCUAUCGAGACCAAUCAUUCAAGGUGCCGUUCUCUGGAUAUUGAGGAAGGGAAUUAUGCAGUGAGUUCUUGGCCUAGUACUUCAGAAAAUGGACAUCCAACCAGUCAGAGUUCUAGUUGCAAAAGCUUCCCAACUGAUUACCAAUCAUGGGCGUCUGAUCAAGCUUCCACCUCAGAUAUGCUCACAGAUUACUCUUCAUCUGAAAGCCAGCAGGCAGUUAUUAACUUUGAGCUAGAAAAGCUGAGGAUUGAACUUAGACACGUUCGAGGAAUAUAUGCCAUGGCUCAAAGUGAGGCUAUUGAUGCUUCUCGGAAGUUGAAUGAUCUUAGUACACGUCGUUUGGAAGAAGCAAUAAAGCUCAAGGAAAUAAACUUUAGAGAGGAGAAGGCUAAAGAAUUAGCAAGACAGGAGAAGGAAAGGAGUAAAGCUGCACUAAGGGAAGCUGAAUACACAAGGACAUGUGCUGAGAGAGAAGCUUCACGAAGGCAAGAAGCUGAGCUUAAAGCCAUGCGUGAUGCCAAAGAAAAAGAGAAGCUUCAGAAUGCUCUUGUGGGUCCAGUGCAGCAAUACCAGAAAUUCACAUGGGAAGAGAUUGUGUCUGCAACCUCAUCAUUCUCAGACGAUCUUAAAAUUGGAAUGGGAGCAUAUGGAACUGUGUAUAAGUGCAGUUUGCAUCACACAACUGCAGCAGUGAAAGUCCUCCAUUCAAUAGAGAAUCAAAAUUCUAAGCAAUUUCAGCAGGAGCUUGAGAUCUUAAGUAAAAUUCGUCACCCACAUUUGCUUAUCCUUCUUGGUGCUUGUUCGGAUCACGGUUGCCUAGUUUAUGAGUAUAUGGAGAAUGGUAGCUUGGAGGAUAGGCUACUCAGGGUGAACAAUACACCACCAAUCCCAUGGUUUGAAAGGUACCGAAUAGCUUGGGAAGUGGCCUCAGCUCUUGUUUUUCUUCACAACUCUAAGCCAAAGCCAAUUAUUCAUCGUGAUAUGAAACCAGCUAACAUCUUACUUGAUCACAACCUUGUGAGCAAGAUUGGUGAUGUUGGCCUUUCAACGGUGCUCAAUACAGAUGCUUCCUUUGCAACCACAACGUACAAGGACACAGGGCUAGUAGGGACACUCUGCUACAUAGAUCCUGAAUAUCAAAGAACUGGGCUGGUUUCUCCAAAAUCAGAUGUUUAUGCCUUUGGGAUGGUAAUUUUGCAGUUGCUGACUGCAAAACCAGCAAAAGCAUUGACACACAUAAUGGAAACAGCAAUUGAUGAUGGUCGUUUAUUGGAGAUUUUAGAUUCAGAAGCUGGGAAUUGGCCACAUGAAGAGACAAAAGAAUUGGCUUUACUGGGACUAAGAUGUGCCGAGUUGCGUCGAAGGGACAGACCUGAUUUGAAAGAUCAAGUACUUCCUGCACUAGAGAGAUUGAAGGAGAUUGCUGAUAAGGCCCGAGAUACAACUUCCAGUAUUCACCCCACACCUCCUAGCCACUUCAUCUGCCCGAUAUUAAAGGAUAUAAUGAUUGACCCUUGUGUUGCUUCGGAUGGAUACACUUAUGACCGCAAAGCAAUUGAGAAAUGGCUUGAAGAGAAUGAUAAAUCACCAAUGACAAAUUUGCCUUUGCCAAAUAAGAAUCUCUUACCAAACUAUACACUUCUGUCUGCAAUCAUGGAGUGGAAGUCUAAUAAGCAAUGACAGAUUGCCUUCUGUUCAUUGUCAGGUUAACACACCAGGGAAUUUUUUUUUAUAGAGGUCCUUAGAAUGAAUGGGUGUUGUGUAAAUAGAAUUGAGAGCAUAAAUUAUCGUUGUCGUAUAUAAUUCAUGAUGCUAUUUUUGGGUGAUUAUAAAGAUGAACAUAUGGCACAGAACACACCUGUAAUUCCUAUUUUUUGUCUAAUUCUUCUUCUUCUUCUUCUUC